AUGGCGGCACCACAACGAUACUAUAGCAGCUCCUACAGUCCACUUGUGGGCAACACGGCCGCCUUCUACAGCUCGAACCAGGAAUUAGAUCAGUACGACGAUCAUGCGCAAAAGGCAUAUGGCAUGCCAUCAAAAUAUUCACAAGACGACGACAGAUCGACAUAUGACAACCACAAUGCGCCUCUCACAUAUGACAACCUCAACACACUAAAAGGACCCCGACCCCAACGACCAAAAGCUGGCUGGAGUAAAAAGAGAAAAUACGUUGUCUUCGGAAUCAUCGCAGUUGUGGCCGUUAUCAUCCUAGCCGUCGUGAUAGGCAUCGUCGUCGCCCUUACACACAAGAGCACGCCAUACAACUACAUCCCUCUGACCGACCAAGUCACGAACGAAACCUCCUUCAACUUCGGCGCAACGAAGAACGAUCCCAGCAACGUCAACGAUGGCGUGGGAGCCGGACAAGAUGCAUACACCUACUACUCCGGUACGGCCGACCAAUUCCCCAACCCAGACAAAUGGAUCAGUUUCCAGGACCUUUGGAACGGCAACCUUUACGCCAUGAAGCAUGCUUGCAAGAACUUGAAAGUGGGAAAAGACAACAGCGACAAGGACAACGAGUACAUCUACGCCGCUAUCCAGGAUCGCGCGGCCGCAUCGCUCGUCGAUCAUCGCUUCAUCCUAGCGAUCAUUCUUCAAGAAUCCCACGGCUGUGUUCGCGUAGGCGAAACAACGUCGAGCACUGGAAUCACCAACCCAGGUCUAAUGCAAUCGCACAACGGCAAAGUCUACUCCGAAACCCACGCCAACGCCUCGAUCUGGCAAAUGGUGCAGGACGGAACACAAGGCACGAACCAAAGCGCCGGGUAUGGUCUGGUGCAGAAUCUCGACCUCUACGGAAAUGCGUACAGUGCGGCGCGAGGAUACAAUUCUGGAUACCUGCCUACCAGCGGCAAUCUGUCCGAGGCGGCAGGCGCGACGGCGUGUUAUGUUUCUGAUGUUGCGAACCGGUUGACUGGGUGGGCGAAUGCGACUUCGAAGUGUUCGUCUUCUGGCUCAUGA